ACUAUUCAGCUGGCUCUCUUUGUCAACACAGCAUGAUCACUCCAUCCCUGCCUAGCUGACUGGUAAGGAUCGAUUCCCAAAUUGCUCAAGGAUAUCGAACCAUCCCCAGAAGGCCCUGUGGUUUGGAAGAGAUUAAAAGUGGAGUCUGUUGUUUACUUUCCUGCCAGGGUGAGCGGUUCAAAUUCCAGUCACUGAAAAGAGUAUCCUGGACCUUUGACUGGGGUACGCAGAAAUGCCACUGUCAGUCUCACCGUAUGGCCUUUCAGAACUGAAGGCUGUCUCUGCCUUUUCCAGCUGAACUGUUCAUGUUCAAGGAAGUAGAAAACUUGAUGCUGGGUUCUUUUCUUCCUCAUGGAUGUACGGAUCUCAACCCCAAAAACAUGGAUAAAGAAACAGUACUGAGCCAUUUGGAGGGAAAGGCCACCCCAUUUCAAGUGGAAAUUCUUAACCUGGCACCCUCUUUUUAUCAACUUCCUGGCAACGCCUCCUUGGAACUUGAGGAGGCCUUUUGGGCCCUCUUACCCUCACUCCGUUGGUUCCUUGUUCCUCUGGCCCUCCUCACCGCUGCCACCCUGGCCUUGAGCCCCCUUCUCCUGGCUACCAUCCUGUGGAAGAAGAAAUUCCGGAGGGAACCCCGUUACUUGCUUUUUGCUAAUGUCAUGCUCUCAGAUCUGGCCUAUAUCCUGUUCCACGUAUUGAUCUCUACAAGCAACCUCCUAGGUUGGCCCCUCGGGCGAAUUGUCUGUGGCAUCCUCACCGAUGUGGUAUUUAUCUCCUACGCAAGUACCAUCUUGUCCUUCACUGUGAUGGUGGCAGACACCUACCUCGCUAUUAUGCUCCCCCUUCGCUAUCUCUCCCUCAUGUCCUGUGCCACUGCCAGGAAGGUGGUGGCCAUGAUUUGGGUGGUGGCCUGCUUCUUUCCCACCUUCCUGGUUUGGUUCAGCAAACGGCAGGAUUCUACAUUGACACAGGAGUCCUCGCUGUGUAUCCUGCAGCUGACUCUGAGUUCAAAUUCAGACAGCAAUCACAUGAUCACCGUUGCCCACAUUUUCAUCUUCUGUGUCCUCUUUGUCUGUGCAGCUCUGAUCGCCUACUGCUAUGUGAAGAUCUAUCACACAGCCAGGACGUCAGGCCUCUGUUUGAAUCGUUAUUCCAGGGCCAGGGGGACGUUGCUGAUCCAUACGAUGUUGAUUGUACUGUAUAUCAGUCCAGUGGUGGUUUUUGCUGUGGAUAUUAUGCUGUCUAGGAAAUAUCGCAUUCGAAAUAAUUCCCGAUUAUGGCUGAUGGCCAUUAACAGUGAAAUACUAAUGAUGCUUCCCAGAGCCCUGUUGCCUUACUUGUAUGGACUGAGAUAUCGGCAGCUUCUCCAGACUCUGAAAGGCUUAGUCUCUAAGAGAAGGACCAGUGAUAUUCAAACAAUUUCCUUUAGCUAGUGGAGCUCAGAGUUUAAAGUAAGGAAACUCCUCAAAAACAUCAAAUGGGUCCAAGGGUUAAUUUCUCCAGACCUCCAAAUUAUGUUGUUCUGUUAUAGGGGAGCAUUCUUUUCUUUUUUAAACCCUGCCUUCUAUUUUUAGAAUAAUAUUAAGUAUCAGUUCCAAGGCAGAAGAACGGAAAGGGCUAGGCAACUGGGGUUAAGUGACUUGCCCAGGGUCACACAGCUAGGAAGUAUCUGCGGCCAGACUUGAAUCCAGUACUUCCCAUCUCCAGAACUGGAUCUCUAGGGACAUUGUUUUCUAGAAAAGUCAAGUCAACAAGCACUUACUAAGUAAGUAUUCUCUGCCAGGUACUGUAGUCUGGACUGCUAAGAACUGCAUCCCCAAUCUCUGAGGCCAAAUAUGAAAUAGAGCUGAUUCUCAAAGAGUCCUUGAUUAUGGAUGUACAGGAAAAGAAGGAAAUGUUACACACUACCCUCUUCAUUUUCUUACUUUGACUCUUAAACCAUGUGGAUUUCUAUUUGAUUUGGUGAGGUCUCUGACUUUGGUGAAUAAGAUAUUUGAGGUGGGGAGGGAUCAGGGGAGUUGAAGUAUAAUUUUGACUUGAUGAUAGGACCAAAACUAUAAAUAGCUCAGCUACAGCAUUGUUUAGCUUUCAUCUCUCAGUCCUUAACAAUAAAACGGAUAGACCCCAAAACUGGGAUUUUCAUUAGAGAGUGAGUGUUACUGUUAGAUGUCUAGGCACCAGAGAAAGUAUUUUUUCAGAAAGUUUUCUUUAGUGGCCUUAGAUACUUCCUAGUUGUAUGAUCCUGGGCAAGUCACUUAACCUUCAUUGCUUAACCUUUGCCACUCUUCUGCCUUGGAACCAAUACAUGGUUUCAAACAAAUGAAGCAGCUUUAACACACACACAAAAGUUUUAUUUAUUGUUACUGGAUCAUAAAAUGUAAUUACUUUGAGACAUCUACCAACUCAUGGAAAUAGGUUUGUUAUUAAAAGUUUUCUUUUCUAUAAUAGUGUUGACUCUAUUGAUAUUUUAGUUCUCUGGAGUUUGAAUUCAAGACUGAGUUGAUCUAAUGUGUCUAUUGUCUGUCUUCCUGCUAGAUGAGAAGGCAGAGAUACAACUUCAGUUAGAAAAAUCUGUCAGGCACUCCAAUGAGUGGAAUUAAA